AUGUUUCUUGAGACUUCUUCCCGUGCUGCCCAGGAGCUUGGUGGAGGACAGGAGACUUUUAUGGCAAUUGGCACGGCGGGAUGGGAAAUUGGACCGGUCACGGCGCUGCUGAGGUAUGCCGAGUCGGACAGGCGCGCCAAAAGGCAUGGCGGAAUCUCACCACUCGACUGCCACCUUAUCACUGUACGACAAGUCAGACUAUUGCGUCCGAGACAAGAAUUCCCAAGUCUCUUGGCAGCGAGAGCUCUCUCUGCCUACAGUGCUCAGCAGCACUAG